CAACCCCGAUACAAUGAAACGCAGCUAUUCGUGCAUAGACUUGUGUAAUCAAUUUAUUUAGCCAUGCUAGCGCAACACACGACGGCUGGGCGAGUAGCGCCGGCCCGGCCUGGGCACACACUGCUCCCACUUGCCCCCUCCCAAAUAGUGACACCAGCAGUGACUCGGCCGCAGCACUCCCUCGCGUCAGCAGCAUUACUACCAGUGCAAAGGUCACCGGCAACAUGCCGUGCGGCGAGCGUGGGGCAACCUGCCACUUAUGAGCCUCAACAACCACCAAGCGAGGAGCCCCGGCCUAGCAUUGGGGCGGCCUCAACAGAUGGUGCGGACCUCUCCUCAGACGAAGUGGGCCCCUCCUACGAGGGAAUCAUCUUUGAUGCGCCCACACGACCAACUGGUCUUUUCGUAAGGGUCCGCAACAUGGUAAAGCACUUCAGCACCUCCAAAGGCCUCUUCCGGGCGGUGGACGGAGUGGACGUGGACAUCGAGCCCAGCUCCAUCGUGGCGCUGUUGGGCCCCUCCGGCAGCGGCAAAACCACCCUGCUGCGCCUCAUAGCCGGCCUGGAACAGCCCACAGGCGGCAGCAUCUACUUUGACGACGUCGACGCCACCGACCUGUCCGUACAGGAACGCCAGAUCGGCUUCGUGUUCCAAUCCUACGCGCUCUUUAACCACAAAACGGUUGCGGAGAACAUCAAGUUUGGGCUGGAGGUCCGCAAGCUGGCUGUGGAUCAUGACAAGCGCGUGCAGGACCUGCUGGCGUUGGUGCAGCUGCAGGGUCUGGGUGACCGCUACCCGCGGCAGCUGUCAGGCGGGCAGCGGCAGCGUGUGGCGCUUGCGCGCGCGCUAGCUUCCAACCCACGGUUGUUGCUGCUGGACGAGCCGUUCGGCGCGCUGGACGCGGUGGUGCGGAAGCAGCUGCGGGCGGGGCUGCGGGAGAUUGUGCGGAGCGUGGGCGUCACGACCAUCAUCGUGACGCACGACCAGGAGGAGGCGUUUGACCUUGCGGACAAGGUGGUGGUGUUCAACCGGGGGCUGGUGGAGCAGCAGGGCAAGCCGACGGACAUCAUCAAGCACCCGCGCACGCCGUUCAUCAUGAAGUUCGUGGGCGAGACGAAUGUGGUGCCGGCCACGUCGCUGCUCGCCAAGCGCAUGCGGUUCUCCACCCCCAAGAGCCAGGUGAUGUUCCGGCCGCACGACAUCCGGCUGUUCAGGAGCCUGCCGCUGGACGACCCGCCCGUGACGGUGCCGGCCACGGUGGCGGACAAGGCCAACCUGGGCUGGGUGAUCAAGUACACACUGCGGUUCGAUGACGACGUGGAAUGCGAGCUGCAGUUGACUCGGGAUCAGGACGAGCGGGAUUACAACAUGCCCGUGGGCAGUCGGGUGUUCGUGUAUGUGAAUCCCAAGCACAUGAUGGGCUUCAACGAAAUCGACGUGGACAGCACGCCACUGGUGUGAGGCCGCAGUCGCGCGCUGUCUUGUGCAUUGGUUUCUUUGCAUGUUCUUGUUGUGCGUGUUGUUCAGCGCCUGGGAGGAAAGUGAGCGCGCGGGAUGGAUGGAUGCGCAGUGGUUAGGGGGUGCCUACCUGUGCAAUGUUGCAUACUGUGGAUUUCUUAAAAAUGUUUGCAGGAUUGGUUCGCUUGCUUGGGAAGGAGGGUCGAGCGCGUGUGUGCAUGCGGGUAGGUAGGUAGCUUAUUAUGAGUGCAGAGUGUUGCACCUGGCAGUCGAUAUGGAUGGCUGCUUUUAGGUGGUACGAAGUGGAAUAGAUACACUGCUGUUGUUCUUUGUGGUGAUGCGCGGCUUUCACGGUGAGAUUUAAGGGUCAAGUUGCUCAGCCACACAUGGAUUGCCGUGAACGACACGCCAUAUUCGGACCCUGAGACCCAAAUUUGGACUGCAAUAAUUAUUUGCUUUGCCUACACAAUGGCUCUUGCUACUCAUACGCGGCAGGUUGCUCCAAGCCUUGCGAGCUCUCGCGUUAAGGCCUUUGCGCCUUUGCGCGUCUCUCGAUGCCGUGGUGCUGUAGUCGUCCGUGCUGAGGCUGAGGUCCACGAUGGCCUGUCGCGCCGUGCGGUCCUCGGCGCUGGCCUGGCAGCUGCAGCGUCUUUGGCGCUUCCACUUGGAAGCACUAGGCCGGCUUUUGCAAAUCAGCUUUUGUCACGAGAAUGGGAGCGCGUUGACUUGCCGAUAGACAAAGGCGUGGUGCUGCUUGAUAUUGGUUUUACGGACGACAAGCAUGGUUUCCUGCUGGGAACACGGCAGACGCUGCUGGAGACCUUUGAUGGCGGUAAAACCUGGGAACCGCGGCUUGUGGACGCUGCCAGCGACGAGGGCAUCAACUACCGCUUCAACUCGAUCUCCUUCAACGGCCAAGAGGGCUGGAUUGUGGGCAAGCCGGCCAUCCUGCUGCACACCACGAACGGUGGAGCUAACUGGGAGCGCAUUCCGCUGAGCUCAAAGCUCCCGGGUGUCCCCGUGCGCGUCACGGCGCUACCCGGCGCGGCCGGCCAGGCUGAGAUGACCACCGACCAGGGCGCCAUCUACGUGACCAGCAACGCGGCCAGUUCCUGGACCGCAGCGGUGCAGGAGACGGUCGAUGCCACACUGAACCGCACCGUGUCUAGCGGCAUCAGCGGCGCCUCCUACUACGAGGGCUCCUUCUCCAACAUGACCCGCAGCGCCGCCGGGGACUACGUGGCCGUCUCCUCGCGCGGCAACUUCUACAUGACCUGGUCGCCCGGGCAGAGCUUCUGGAUGCCGCACAACCGGCCUGCCACGCGGCGCCUGCAGAACAUGGGCUUCACGCCCGCGGGCGAGGUGUGGGUGACCACCCGGGGUGGCGAUGUGCUGAUCUCGGAACAGCCCGGAAUUAACACCGACAAGUUUGAGAACGUGGCGAUCAACUCGCGCGGCUUUGGCAUCCUGGAUGUCGGCUUCCGCGACGACAAGGUCGCCUUCGCGUGCGGCGGCAGCGGCAGUCUGUACCGCUCCGAGGACGGCGGGCACUCCUGGAAGCGCGACCGCUCCACGGACGACCUGGCGGGCAACUUGUACGCCAUCAAGUUCUUCGGGUCGCAGCUGGGCUUCGUGCUGGGCAACGACGGCAUCCUGCUGCGCUACACCAACGUGGCGUGAGAGGCGCAACCGCCCGCGGGCCCCUUCCGCAUGAGGUGGAAGGGAUGGAUGGGUGGAUGUGCAUGAGCGGAUGGAUAGUGGGUAGGUGGAUAGGUGGGUGAUUCUGAAGUGUGGGUUUCGGAGGAUGCGUAGGAUGGGAGGGUUGGUAGGAGGGUGCUGAGGAGGUGAGGAGUUCGAGGGGCCGGUGUUCUUAAAACGGCAGGAGCAACUGGAGGAGAGUAAGGAGGAGGAGGAGGCGGGUUUUGCGGGUAUGGCCGUGCAUGGGUCUAGAGGGCAGGGAACGUGAGGCGGAUGAGAGUGGAGAGUGCAAGCUGUGAGGGAGGAGGUGCCGUGGGCGCGUGAGAGUGGCGAAAGGUGACCUCCAUGUGGUGUGAAAUUGGGGAAUGAGCAGCGACAGUGUGUGGAUUAUAGUACAACAAUUUUGAAGGCCAGGAAACCGAAGACGCUGUUCCAGUACAAAGCAACACAUGGAGUCAGGGAGUGUAGUCCUAGAGUAUCAGAAUAGCUGGAGAGCCUGUUUGAUGAUGCCUGAAGCGCCGCUAGGAUUAUGGGGAUGCCAGGCGGAUGUUGCGCGGGCUGCUGCAUGAAUGUGUGUUUUAGGAGGGAAGCCUUGGAAGAGCCGUGACAAGGGCAACACGUGAAUUGGACGUGAGGUGAGAGGAUUGUGGUUCGUCACCGCAUUUGUUUUAAGCAUUCAUGGAAAGGAAGUAGGUUGCAUUUGACCAUCUGGUGAUGAAAUGCACACGCAAAAGCUGGUGGUAACUGUAAUACUAUCACAAUGCUA